CAAGUUGAGCCGAAACCUUGAUUCGUGAUUCAAGAUUUUUGAUUGGCAAGACUAUGCACCUCAGGAUGGAACUUCCGUAUCACGUGACCUCAACGCACGGAGGCAGACCUUUGCGGGUGCUGCGUCGAAUCGCGACUUUUUUUACUGCAGAGAAGGACUCAACUUCUGAUCGGGUCGGGGGAGAUGCAUCUUCAUCCCUUUGACCUGUGACUACUCGCGAUUUUGACACCUCCUCGCCUCGCCUGUUCAAUUUCUGGCUUCUGGGGACAGUCACGCAAAAGAUGGUCUCGGCAGGGAAUAGCGGGUACCCUGCCCCGGGGUCAGGCCCGACAGCUUCUGCUUCCACCUCCACGUCAAGCCCACCAAUUAGCGCCGCUGUCAAACCGCCCGCGCCUCCUCGAGAAAUCCCGCCAACCUUGCGGCCCCUCCAGUAUCUCGGCAUUCCGCGCAGCGUUCUGACAUGGCAGCCUAAGCUGCCCUCUCGGAAUUGGCUGAUAUUCAUCGGCACCACUUCUACCUUGACUGCUCUCUAUGUGUACGAUCGAAGGGAAUGCAAGAGGAUUCGAGAGGAGUACAAGGACAAGGUCAGGCAUCUGGCAGAGCAGCCGCUCAAGCCCAAUCAGUUCACGCGCAAAGUGAAAGUGUACUGCGCCAAGAGUCCGGGAGACGACGACUACGACAAGAGCUUGAUGUUCUUCAAGAAAUUCGUCAAGCCAAUCUUGGUAGCAGCAGCGAUAGAUUGGGACACGACGAAUGGCACGCGCUACGGGGGACUAGGCAGAGCAGUGCGAGAAGACAUUUACGCUCGACGAAGACAGCUUCUCGGCUUGGAAGCAUGGGGCACUUCACCCUCAAGUCCCGGAGCCUCUUCCUCCGACCCUCCAUCCGAAGCACAGCUCACCGCAUCGUCACCAUUCGCUCUUUCAGCUCAAGAUCAACUGCAACGCGAGCUCGAAGGUGCGACAGUAAUCGUUGGCAGGCCCGCAUACAAAGAAUACAUGUGGGGCUUGAAAGAGGGCUGGACUACUUCUCUGCCCGCUGCUCGGUCGGAUCUUGACGAGCCAUUGGCCAAGAGGCUUGCAGAAGAUUCCGUGUUCGACGAGGUGGAGUAUCCGGAAGUUGCGCAGGCCAGAGAAAAGGCCGAAAGAUUGCGCAAUGCUUCGCCUCUGAGCAGAGAUGAUGAAGAGUGGCAGCAAGCGCUAGCAGAGGCGGAAGGUAGCGCGGCGGUUUCCGACACAGCCACUCAAGGCGGCUCGUCGAUUUCGGGCUCAUUUCUGUCGGAUGCUGAGAGGAACGCGGCUGCUGCGCUUGCCUCACUCGAAGGCGAAGGGGAUGGAGCAGGUGCACCUUUGCCCCCUCGGAGGCACGGAGGGGGGGCCACGGGCUCUAUACCUUUCACCAUGGGUCCCCGCUCCGUCGUCGAGGGCAUUUCAUCCCCAGCGGCAGAUGCACGUCUUGCACCUCCCGCGCAAAUCCCUGCUCAAGCGCCUCUCGUCUUUGUCGACUACAUCAAUCUUUACGGCUUCAGGUACGCACCUCGUCGCAUCUACGAGUUCUUCUACCAAAGGCAAAAGGUGCGACAAGGCGCCGAAGCGGGUCUGGCCAUUGCUCUCGGUGCGAUUGCCAAUGCGCGAGAGUUCGAAGGAGCUUCUUCAGUGCAAGCGUAUCGGCAGUCUCCUCCUCAGGGUGGAGAUUUGGACUGGGGCUUGAGGUCGGAAGAUUUUAUUCUACCUCGGUUCGAAAAGACCCCUACGGACGUGUCCAAGGCGCGAGAGAGCUACUACAAAGACCUACCUCGGCAAAUCAGGGAUACGAGGACGUUGGCAAGAGGCUUGAGAGAGCCUAGCGCGGUGGAGAAGAAUAAUCCGCCAAAGACGGAAAUGCAAUUGAGAGAGGAGCGAAUGAGAAGAGAGAGGGAGUGGGAAUGGACGGAGCAAGGGUAUGAGAUACUCAGAAAAGACAAUGGCGUCGCCUGGCACGAAGCUUUCAGAGGCUCGCUCAGGGUGUUUGAGUUGUCGCGGGAGGAGGCCAAGGAAGAGCUGUAGAUUUGCGCUGCUCUGAAGUUGCGACGUAAUGCCACAUCUCACCUAAAAACCAAGUUGCGGGCUGUUUAGCCGGGUU